CGAACAUAUUCAAUAUGGCGGCUCACGGUCAAGACUAUCUGGCGUGUAUUUUAUCAUACCUGGAUAACUCUGGCUUAAAAAAUGGAUUAGCACUUUUAGGUAAGUCUUUCGUCGAAAUUGACUCCUACCAUUUUUCAGGAUAUAGGUUUAAUUCGCAAAUGCGACAGUAAGAGCUGUAGGUUUAUACCAGGGUGAUAAUUUGCAUCUUGAUAUCUUCAUAUUUGGAUGCAGCUCAGAAACUAAUACGUAGGAGUUUCGCGGUAAAGAAAUCGUGAAUCUGGACAGAACAAGCAGUUUUUUGCAUGACUGAAUGAGUUGAAAAGUCCAUUUUUGAGACUGUACUGUACGGGAAAUAAAAUAUAUUAGCUGAUUGAACUCAGAUUUUCUUUUUUGUUUAAUUGUCCUCCCCUUCUGUAGGUCUUUUGUGGACAGCCAAAGUAUCUUUAACUCUAGCUUUCAACAUCGUGAAAGGCAUGAGAAUAUAUUUGUUAGCUCAAGUCACGCGAAGGAAUAAUUUUCGUACCAAAUAUGGCGGUAGAUGGGCAGGUGAGGCAUCAUAUAUAUAUUUGUUUAAAAUUCAGACAUCUUUUGGUUAGAGUUUCAUGGCAAUCAGAAGAAAGGAAUAUAUCCCAACGAUCAGAACUAGUGAGAACUCAAAGUAAUGAUAAGCAGACUGUUUAGCCCUUUACACCCCAACAUCAAUAUUCAUAUUCUCCCAACUGUUCUCUGUACAUUUACUAAAGUGCUGACAAGGAGAAUUUGUCUUAUAAUCAAGAGUUUCUUUAGUUGGUGAUGAUUUCCUCUAUUCUCAUGUCAUAAAUGUAUGAUUCAGUGGUGAUGUUGUGAGGAGAAAUGAGAUGCUGGUCACUGUUAGGGGUUAAAAGAUCAAGUCAGAUAACGGUCAGUGACUGACCCUAUGCCUUGUACUCCAUGAACCUUACCAGAAUUUGCACAAAUAUAUAUAUAAAAAUAUUGCAAUCAUUGCACAAGUAAAUGAGUUAAAAUCAUCCUCUUGUACUAGAUCAUCUCACUAUUUUCAUAUGUACAAAAACAGCUUAAUUAACCUUAGUGUUGGUGGCUAGCUGUGGAUAUUUACCAUAUUGCUUUGCAGAUCAGUUAAGUGUUUGCCACUAGCUGCAGACACUGAGGUGUUGUUAUUUAAUUGAUUAAAAAGAGUGGACCAGAAUUUGCUAAAAGGUCUAUUUGCAGGCAUAGGAAAACACUUUGAUGAAGUUUGUAGUAUUCCUCAGUUUGCAGAUUGGCAUAGAAAAGUCAAAGAGCAAAUUGGAGAGAGGAGGGGGGUUGACCAAUGUUAUUGACAGUCAAUUCUUUUUUUCAUAUUUUGGUGUAAUUAUAUUUGUAGAUUGCAAUACUGAUAUGCAAUUACUAUGAUUUUAUUUCUUAAACCAACGAUUCUUUAUUUGGCAGUUGUUACAGGUGCAUCUGAAGGAAUAGGAAGAUCAUUUGCAUGUGAGGUAAUAAUGUCAUUAUUUUUGAGCAUUUGAAAUAAUUGUAAUGGUGUUCAUAUGAAUUAAAAUCAGAGUCCCUUACUUUUAUGGAUGUGAAGUUAUUAUGCAAGACUCUUAACUCUUGCUGAGCUUCUCUCUACCCAGGAUUGUGUAGGAGUACUGAGGUAAAUUAUUUUGCAUAUCAUGCCCUUGGGUCGGUCUUACUCAACUUGGCUGUAGUAGGGGGUUUUUUACAAUACAAAGCCAUGUCCUCAAACGGUUCAGGGGAAGAAUAGGGAGGGGGGAGGGGGGACUAGGAGGAAUACUUCCAUACCUCCAGUAACUGGUCAAAAAAACAAGAUGAACUCUGGCAUUGUGGGUUACUUGGCUUGUGAGUAAGACUGAACUUGAAUCCUCUACACUAAUUAUCUCAAAGUGAGCUGAACUGUCACAAAUGUGUGAAAUUUCUUUACAAGACAGUUGGCACAAUGUGGAAUGAAUGUUGUUCUGAUGAGUCGCUCAACCCAAAAAUUGGAAAAGGUUGCAGAGACCAUAGGUUAGUGAAAAAAAAAUAGGUGUUUAAAUUUUUUAGUGCUAUAGCUUAUAAAAGACAAUAUUAAGAAGUUUUUAUGGAUUAAAUGUUUUGGUUGACACAUUGAACAUUGGUAAAAAUUUUGUUUUCUAAUUUCUCUUAUGGUUUUCCAUACCCAGUUACCCUAAUUUCUGAAAAUCCAAGAGUGUUUCAACAUGCCAUUAAUCAGAGGUUAUUCAAGUGGGGAGAAGGGGUGGAGGAGAAAUUAGUGUUAACAAUUAUCUUAGAUUAAUGACAACUGAGAAUAUGUUUUCAGAGCAAUUGUGUGAACGUCCAGGGAGUAUUUUCUAGAGGUAGUUCCUCUUUGAUCAUUUUUAACUUUGUAAUAUUACAAACUUAUGUCGCAAUUCUUGUAUUAUAGAAAAAGAAUGCAAGGUUGAAACACGUAUCAUCCCAAUAGACUUUGCCACACAGGAUGUUUACCAGAAAAUAACCACUUCACUAGAGGGACUCGACAUAGGCAUUUUAGGUGAGAAAUUAUAUUUUUAAAGGUAGUACCCAGCAUUAUUGAAUUUAAGAGAUCAAGGACCAAUACAAGGCAGGCACUCAAUCAGUACUUACUUUUCUAAAGACGUGUUAUUUCAUUGGUUAAUAAUGAUAAUUAUUACAAGUAAGAAACAGUGAACUGCAUGACCCACAUGCUAUAUUUUCUGUAGAUCCUACUUAUGCAGAUAUAUAGUUGAUAUAUGCUUACCACCUUUAAGCUUGCCGUAUGGUGUAGUCCUGGGGAUGGGUCAUAAUUCUAGGCAUCUGCAUAAAAAGUUUCUUUUUUUUCGUUGUUUUAAAAAGCCUCAGCAUGUUAGAAUUAUGCCAUUUCUCUCACCUCCUUUCUCUUUUUUUCUCAUUUUUCUUUUUUUUUUUCUUUCAAUUUUUAGUGAACAACGUUGGUGUAAUGUAUGACUAUCCACAAUACUUUUUGGAUGUUCCCAAACAGGUAACAUUAAAUGCUCCUAGCUUUGUUUAGAAAUGUCAGCCUUGGCAUUUUGACAUUUUAAGUAAUACACUGAAGUUCAUCAUGGUUAAACCAUAUGCAUCAUUUUUACCCAUUUUUGUCUCUCUUCUAUUGUUUGAUUCACUUAAUGCCUGAUAGGAUAACAUCCUAUCCAGGUAAGAAGCCGUUCGCCUAAAUUCAUUACCAGUGGCCCAUUUCUUGAGAGUUCUGAGAACUUAAUGGACCCAAAGCUAUUAAUAUUUAAACAAAAUUUAAAUUUAAAAAUUAGAGAAGCAGUUUCUGGCACUGCAGUUACUGGUUCAUUUUGUUUCUUUAGCUGAUAGUUUUAUUGUAUAAUUUUCAAAGCUUUUAAAAUCCCUAUUUUAAAUGAAAACAAAACAGCUUUACAAACCCAUUAAGUUAUUGAGACCUUUGAGAAACAUUCCCCUGGUUGUUGUAUUUUUCACUGGGAAAAGACUCUUUGUUCUUGUAUGCCUCUCCCCACCUUGGAGUGUUUACGGGUGCCAAUGAUCUGUCGGUGAAACCUGGUGAAAUGCAUGGGAAGGGAGGCAAGGGUGUUUUUGACUUGCGAUAAACUAGCUCGUGCAACAUUAAUCAACUGCAUACUACAGACAUGAGUAACCAGGGUGGAAGUAGGCCAUAGGUAUGGUGAACUCAAAUAAAAUAACUUAUACUCCCAUGGCAUGUCAGUUUUUCAAAACUGAAUAAGACUGCAAACAUUUUUGUCUUCUCUUUAAAAUGCAGAAACUUUUUGACUUGAUAAAUAUUAACAUGACUUCGCUUAUAAUGGUAAGUGUUAAUUUUAGGUCAUGUGACAGAUUGUGAGUUUAUCAAUUAUAGUAAUGCCUAAAACUAUCUGCUAUCCUAGGUGUAUCCUUAAUAAAAACAAUAUUACAUGUAACUCUGAUUAAAUUAACUCCAAAGUAUCUUGAGAUACUUUGGAUGUAAAUGAAUAUUUAUAAUAUUUGACAUUGAUUAAAAUUGUUUUAUUUAAUAUUUGACAAGUAAUAAUGAUAAAAAAAUUUCUGCAAAUAAGUGGUUUGAUUGUGCUCCAGGUUCUUAGGAAUACCAAUGAAGAAGCUGGAAAUUUUCCUUUUUUUGGAACAAUGUGUGAUAAUGACUUUAUUUCUUGGUAUGCUUUACACCUGUCCAGCUUUAGUACAAAAGUAUUAACUGUCAACUUCUCAUAAUAUCCUCAUACUAUGUCAUGCUCUUGGUAACCUUUAGAGUUUCCUUUUUAGAUGACACGUGUUGUUUUACCCCAGAUGUGUAAAAGGUAGGUUCAUCCUUGUCUUUUGUUCUAAGAAAGCACAUGCAUGAAUGACCAAUGGAAAACAGUGAUUAGAAUUUUUAUUCUAGUUUAAACUGCUUGUUAAGUUUUAACAAAGGGGUUUAAACCAAGCAAAACAGAAUCCCUCAUUUACCAUGACAUCCAAAUAAGCCUUUCUCUCUGAUAAGCCUAGUCCCUCUCUUAUAGGGCCUCUCUAAUAAGCCCUUCUCCUUCAUAGGCCCCUGUCUUAAAAGCCCUCUCACUUAUCAACCCUCCUCUUCAAUAAAUCUCCCAUCUAUUAUUUCUCUCUCCUGUAAGCCUCUCUCUCUAAGAAGCCCCUUUCUCUGAUGAGCCCCUUCUGUAAUAAGCACCUUCUCUGCUAUUUAGUCUCCUCUCUACUGAGCCCCCUCUGUAAUUAGCACAGCGCCUCUUUAAUGAGACCCCCCUCUGAUAAGUCUGGUGCCUCUCUAAUAAGCCCCCUCUCUGAUUAGCCUGGUCCCUCUCUAGUAAGUACCAGCUCUGAUUAGCCUGGUCCCUCUCUAAUAAGUACCAGCUCUGAUUAGCCUGGUCUCUCUCUAAUAAGCCCCCUCUCUAAUAAGCCCCCUCUCAAAUAAACCCCUUCUCUAAUAAGCCCUUUCUCUUAUAGGCCCCUUCUCUAAUAGGCCCCCUCUCUAAUAAGCCCCCUUUGCAAAAAGCUCUCACUAAUUACUCACCUCUAAUAAGCUCCACCUCUGAUUAGCCUGAUUCCUCCCUGAUAAGCCCCUUCUCUAAUAAGCCCCCUCUCUAAUAUGCUUCGUCCCUGGUAAGCCCCCUUUCUGAUUGGCGUGGUCCCUCUCUAAUAAGUAGCAGCUCUGAUUAGCCUGGUCCCUCUCUGAUAAUUCCCUUCUCUAAUAGGCCCCCUCUCUAAUAAGCUCCCUCUGCAAUAAGCACUCUCUCUAGUUAGUUCCCUCUCUAAUAGGCUCCUUCUCUAAUUACUCCCCUCUCUAUUAAGCCCCCUCUCUGAUUAGCCUGGUUCCUCCCUGAUAAGCCCCUUCUCUAAUAAUUCCCCUCUCUAAUAUGCCCCCUCUCUGGUAGGCCCCCUCUCUGAUUAGCCCGGUCCCUCUCUAAUUAGCCCCUCUCUAAUAAGUCUCCUCUCUAAUAAGCCCCCUCUCUAAUAAGUCUCCUCUCUAAUGAGCCCCUUCUCUAAUAAGUUUCCUCUCUAAUAAGCCCCCUCUUUAACAAACCCCCUUCCUAACAAGCCCCUCUCUAAUUAGUCCCCUCUCCAAUAAGCCUCCUCUCUGAUAAUCCCCCACUCUAAUAAGCCCCUUUACGAUUAGCCUGACAUCUUUCUAAUAGUCCCCCUCUUAUAAGCCCCUCUCUACAAUAACGUUCUCUCUAAUAAGCAUGCCUCUUUGUUGAGCCCUCAUCUUCAGAGCCCUCUCUCUAAGAAACCAUCUUCUCCAACAAAUCUCCCCUCCUUUCUUAUUAUCUCUCUCUAAUAAGCCCCCCUCCCUUCACUAAGCCUCUCCAUGCCAAUCACCCAAGAGAGGAUCACUACCUCUGAUAUGGCGUGACAGUACUUAUCUUCCCCUCUAAGCCCUGUGACCGCUAAAAGCGACUAGCAUCUAAUAUCUCCUUGUAAAUAUCAUUCCUGGAUCACUCAUGUAGCUUACGAGAAUAAAGGAAAUGAUCACUAAGUUAAGAAGCUCUUGAUUGUUAAACAAAUUCUCCUUGUCAGCGCCUGAGGAAAUGUAUAAAGACCAGUGUGGAGAGUAUGCAUACUGAUGUUAGGGUGUAAAGGGUUAAAUUAGAACUUUUCCAAUUCUUCGUAGCUUACCAUGUUGUGACAACUUUCAGGAAACGGGGCGCAAUUAUUAACAUGUCGUCUAGUGCAGGAGAGUUGCCUACACCCCAGAUGACAGUCUAUGCUGCAACUAAGGUAAAAAAAUCAUGUACAUUUAUAAUUUUUGUGUUUUUUUUCAUUGUUGUGUCGUUUUUCUACUCUGGUGAUCCAGAUAUCUGUUUUUAAUUGCUCUUGUUUCUUUGUUGUUCUUCCAUCUUUUUUGUAUGUUUGUUUGCUUUGUACUAAAAAAGAGACCUUUGAUAAGGCAACUGAAGUGUCUUGUUAGUUAUGCGGAUGAAAGCCUGGUUUAUCUAUUAAAGUAACGUGUGCAGUAGCACAACUAGUUUGAAAAAAUCUUCGGUUGUCUUGACGGCAACCUCAAUUCUUUAUGCCUAUUUUCAGUCUAAGCGUAGUCUCUCUCUCGAAGAGUCGCAGGUGAACGCUUUUCCACUUUUCCACUUGGUGGCCACGCCUCAUUAACCUAAACUAUUAAAGAUAUGUUACCCAAUUACUCGCACAUUUCACGUACUCAAUUCAUUCUCUUUUGUUGUUUUUCCAAACAGGAAUUUGUGGACAGUUUUUCACGUUCUCUUGCUUUUGAGUAUGCCCCGCAAGGGAUUGAAGUUCAGGUAUGAUUUUAUAUUUAAGCAACUGAAUAUUUCUGUGUCUACAUAUCCCCAUCUCCUUAGUAGCGAGGUUGAGAAAGUUCCCGCAAGAAGUCUUCAACCGUUUUUUUACAAUCUUCUUAAAAAAAUAUGCGAAUCUUUGGAGGAAUCUUUGGAGUCACGGCUGAUGUUACAUUGUGUCAUCUAUACACACCUAUGGACCAAUGACAGCGACCAUAACAGCACAGCAUUUCAAAAAGAAAAAAGUUGACGAUUUUGUUUUCAACAUUGAUUUGAAAAUUCAUUUGCUCUAAGUGACAAACUUGUAGUUCUUCUUUAAAUAUAUUGGUUUCUAAUUAAUACUUGAUAUUUUGCCUUUUUGGCUUCUUUUGAUCUCAAUGAUGGUUUAUAUGCAUGUAACUUUUCACAGUAUCUCUUCAUGUUUUAGCAAAGAAUGAUCGAAUUUCUCAGCCACAGUCUGAUUUCCUUGUAUCACCAAAUCCUCUUGUUAAAUUUAGAACGAAAUGCAUUGUUCCAGAGAUGAUAACACUCAAGUUUCAAAUUUAUUGCACAAGGAAAAAAAAUUACCAGUAGUAUUACACAAAGGAAUGUAGUGAUACACUGAAUUGUUUGAAAAGUAAACGGUACAAAAACUAGUAACAAGGAAAAGAAUUAUUGAAAUUGAACUGGUGAAACAAACGCUAAAUGGUGUUUCCUCUGUUCCAGUCUCUGAGACCGUUUUACGUGGCCACAGCCAUGACAUACGGUACAAAAGCUAAUAUCGUUGUUCCAUCACCUGAAACGUACGUGAAGAGUGCACUUUACACACUGGGAUUGUCAAGACGAAACACAGGCUACUGGAGUCAUGGUAUUCAGGUAUUUCACUAUUUUAUUUACGGUUUUUCAUGCUACUAUAGCUUUUCACGCAUUCCUUAUCUAACGCCUCACUCAAUUUUUUCUUUUUUUUUUUUUGCUCCUAGCGGUGGUCUUGGUUUUCGGUAUUUUUCUUUUUAAGGAACUUCAACUUAUGCAUGCCUGGCUAAUUUUGGAAUUCAUUGAAGAAACAAAAUUAUUUUAGUUACUGAAUGGGGAUUCAUACUUUAUUUUGCCCCUGAAACUAAUGAGAGAUUUACUUCUGGUUAGAAAAAACAAACAAAGAAAAACAAAAUAACAAAACCAAGCAGAGGUGCUGUUAGGCACAAUAUAAAACUGGGAAAACUUUCCAUUUUAUUGAUUUUCUAAUUUUUUGUGUUAAUUUAGUUCUUUAAGGCGAACCAUAAGUGUUCCCUUUACACUCUGAUGAUGACCUUCUAAUGAUCGCAAGAGUUUAUUUGUAAUAUUUUUAAGCACAUUUGUUUGUUUGUUUGGUUUUUUUUUGUUGUUAUCUGUACCCACAACUCUCCGCAACCUCUAGAGAACUUUACAACUCUUGUAUUACACAAAAACCAACUUGUAUUACCAAACCAACAUGCCCAAGCGAUCCCUGGCCUUGGAAAGCCCAACGGUGCAUUGUUGAUGAUUUUUCUUAUCUAUUCAUUCGCAUAAUUGAAAUUGCCUUUCAUAUCUCUUUUGUUUGUUUUUGUUUUUGUUGUUUUAUCUUUAGGGUUGGUUUGUUAGUUUUUGUCCCGAAUGGCUCUGGAUGUGCACCGCUACUUUGCUCAACAAUCAAAUCCGUCGAGUUGUUCUUAGAAAUAGAAAGCAGUGACGAUUUUCAUAUUGGAAGCUUUCCUUUAAUAUUAAUCCCAUUUCUUUGUUACAAAUAAUCGAAACCGAUUAAAUCGGCUCCCUACAAUUAUAAUAGGUAUCGUAAGCCAACCAUGAAUUAUCAUGUGCUCUUGUUUCAUUCAUUUGCUG